AUGUCAUCUACCAGACCUGAUUUGAAGUUUUCUGAUGUAUCAGAAGAAAGAAACUUUUACAAAAAGUAUAUUGCAUUACCGAAGAAGCCAUUAAAAACCAUCAGAUUGGUUGAUAAAGGUGAAUAUUAUACGGUUAUAGGCACAGACGCCAUUUUUGUUGCUGAUUCAGUGUAUCACACUCAGUCUGUUUUGAAAAAUUGUCAAUUGGACUCCAUAACGGCGAAAAACUUCGUUGAACCCACCAAAUACGUUACCGUUUCUUUACAAGUUCUUGCUACUCUACUGAAACUAUGCUUGUUGGAUCUUGGCUACAAAGUCGAAAUCUACGACAAGAGUUGGAAACUACUCAAGAGCGCAUCGCCGGGGAAUAUCGAGCAAGUUAAUGAGUUGAUGAAUUUGAAUAUUGAUUCAAGUAUCGUCAUUGCAAGCAUGAAAAUUCAAUGGAAUUCUCAGGACGGAAAUUGUGUUAUUGGCAUUGCAUUCAUCGAUACCACUGGUUACAAAGUUGGUAUGCUUGAUAUUGUCGAUAAUGAAGUGUACUCCAACCUAGAAAGUUUCUUGAUUCAAUUGGGUGUGAAAGAAUGUUUGGUGCAAGAUCUUACUUUGAAUCCGAAUUCGAACACCGAAUUACAAAAACUAAUUAACGUUAUCGAUCGUUGUGGAUGUGUCGUUACAUUAUUGAAAAACUCCGAAUUUUCCGAGAAAGACGUCGAAUUGGACUUGACUAAGCUAUUAGGUAACGAUUUGGCUUUAUCGUUACCCCAAAAGUAUUCUAAACUAUCCAUGGGUGCGUGUAACGCAUUGAUCGGCUAUUUGCAAUUAUUGUCAGAGCAAGACCAAGUCGGCAAAUAUGAGCUGGUCGAACAUAAAUUAAAAGAAUUUAUGAAGUUGGAUGCUUCUGCCAUUAAGGCUCUUAACCUUUUCCCCCAAGGUCCACAAAAUCCAUUCGGGAGUAACAAUUUAGCUGUUUCUGGGUUUACCAGUGCUGGAAAUACUGGCAAGAUAACAUCUCUUUUUCAAUUGCUGAACCACUGUAGGACAAACGCUGGCAUUCGGCUUUUAAAUGAGUGGUUGAAGCAACCAUUGACUGACAUUAAGGAGAUUACUAAAAGACAUGAUUUGGUUGACUACUUGAUCGACCAAAUUGAAUUGAGACAGAUGCUCAAUACUGACUUUUUACCGAUGAUCCCAGAUAUCCGUAGGUUAACCAAAAAAUUAAAUAAGAGGGGAAGCUUAGAAGACGUCUUGAAAAUUUACCAAUUCAGUAAAAAGAUACCGGAAAUUGUUCAAAUUUUCAACUCGUUCCUAGAAGACGAAAAUCCUAGUGAAGAUGUAAAGGAAUUGGUCCGUUCCAUGUGGUUGGCUCCGCUGAGUCAUCAUGUUGAGCCUUUAUCUAAGUUCGAAGAAAUGGUUGAAACCACUGUGGAUUUGAAUGCUUACGAAGAAAAUAAUGAAUUCAUGAUCAAGAUCGAGUUUAAUGAAGAAUUGGCUAAAAUAAGAAGUAAACUAGAUGACUUGCGUGAUGAAAUCCAUUCAAUUCAUCUGGAUGCUGCUGAAGACCUAGGGUUUGAUCCAGACAAGAAAUUGAAGUUGGAGAAUCAUCAUUUGCACGGUUGGUGUAUGAGAUUGACACGUAACGACGCCAAAGAAUUGCGUAAACAUAAAAAGUACAUUGAGCUGUCUACUGUAAAAGCAGGUAUUUUCUUCAGUACCAAGCAACUAAAGUUAAUUGCGAACGAAACAAAUGUUCUUCAAAAGGAGUAUGACAAGCAACAAUCAGCUUUGGUUAGAGAAAUUAUAAACAUAACUUUAACGUACACCCCAGUUUUUGAAAAACUGUCCUUAGUCUUAGCACAUUUGGAUGUGAUUUCCUCCUUUGCCCAUACUUCAUCAUAUGCCCCAAUACCUUAUAUCAGGCCGAAAUUACACCCUAUGAAUUCGGAAAGAAGAACACAUCUCGUAAGUUCUCGCCAUCCAGUGCUAGAAAUGCAAGAUGAUGUGAGCUUUAUAUCUAAUGACGUAACGUUGGAGAGUGGUUUAGGUGAUUUUUUAAUCAUAACGGGUCCAAAUAUGGGUGGUAAAUCCACUUACAUAAGACAAGUGGGUGUAAUUUCUCUGAUGGCUCAAAUUGGUUGUUUUGUACCUUGUGAAGAAGCUGAAAUUGCUAUCGUGGACGCGAUUCUUUGUAGGGUUGGUGCAGGUGAUUCCCAGUUGAAAGGUGUUUCUACGUUCAUGGUUGAAAUAUUGGAAACGGCAUCCAUAUUGAAAAAUGCGAGCCAAAAUUCCUUGAUUAUCGUUGACGAACUGGGACGUGGUACAAGUACCUACGAUGGAUUUGGAUUAGCUUGGGCCAUUGCCGAACAUAUCGCAGGUAAAAUUGGAUGUUUUGCAUUGUUUGCGACCCAUUUUCAUGAAUUAACAGAGCUCUCUGAAAAAUUGCCUAAUGUCAAAAAUAUGCACGUUGUAGCACAUAUUGAAAAGAACGCAGACGAACAAAAACAUGAUGACGAGGACAUUACGUUAUUAUAUAAAGUCGAGCCUGGUAUUUCAGACCAAUCUUUUGGUAUCCAUGUUGCAGAAGUGGUUCAGUUUCCAGAAAAAAUUGUAAAAAUGGCUAAACGUAAAGCAAACGAACUUGACGAUUUGAAGAUUAAUAAUGAAAAUAUGAAAAAGGCUAAAUUAUCAUUGCAGGAAGUCAACGAAGGUAACAUACGCUUGAAGACCCUACUAAAGGAAUGGAUACGCAGAGCAAAGGAGGAAGGGUUGGAUGAUCCAAGCAAAAUUUCUGAAGAAGCAUCACAGCAUAAAAUACAAGAGUUAUUGCGUGCUAUAGCCAGUGAAUCGGAAUAUGAAAAUGACAAUUACUUGAAGUAUAUAAGGAAGUUAUUAUUAUAA